CCUCAGUUUUGAUAUGAAGUUCGACAUAACAACACGUAACAUACACGUCGCAUUCACAAGAAACUAAAAAAUAAAAGUAUUCAAUUUAUUUCUAAAGCCAGUUUUCCCACGGCUCUUGGUGAAAUCUCCUUGUCGAGGUCCCACUUGGCCGAAGCCGAUGAAUCUAGUGCGCCGGCAGCCUCGGCUGCUGAGUAGACAAGGCGCCCGGCUGCUGAAGGGUCUCGCGACUGGCCAGGAUGUGUCCGAACCCGUUCCCCGUCUUGCGGCGGCUAUGUCCACAGCCGCGAUAUCCGGACCAGCGAUGGCUGCCGCCGCCACAGUAUCCGCAAUAUCCGUGGUAUCCCAGUCCUUCCAAUCCAGUGCCCAAGGAGCAGGAGGAAGAGCCCCCCGAGGACCAGCCGCCGGAGGAACAGCCCCAAGAAGACGUUUCGGAGGAGAACCAGCCCCAGCAGCAGGAGCAGGAGCGGGAGGAGGAGCCGCCCAGUCCGGAGGAGCGUCCGCCGGAAAGUCACCUGCAGGCAACGCGCCGCCCCCUCUACCUCCUCCAUCUCCACCUCCAUCGUCUUCUGCUCCAUCACCUCCUCCAAAGAAAGCAAAGUCGGCCAAUCCGAGGAUGAAGAGCUUCGAGAUCUACCGCUGGAAGCCGGGGGAGCAGCCGCAGAUGCAGACCUACAGCGUGGACCUGGAGAAGUGCGGCGCCAUGGUGCUGGAUGCCCUGAUCAAGAUCAAGAACGAGAUGGACCCCACGCUGACCUUCAGGCGCUCCUGUCGCGAGGGCAUCUGCGGCUCAUGUGCGAUGAACAUCAAUGGCACAAACACCCUGGCCUGCGUGUCGCACAUCGACCAGGACGAGAGCAAGUGCUGCCGGAUCUACCCGCUGCCCCAUUUGUAUGUGGUGCGGGACCUGGUCCCGGAUCUCAACCAGUUCUACGACCAGUAUCGCUCCAUCCAGCCGUGGCUGCAGCGCAAGGACCUCAAGCGGGAGGCCGGAUCGGCGCAGUACCUGCAGUCCGUCGAUGACCGCCUGGUGCUGGACGGGCUCUACGAGUGCAUCCUGUGCGCCUGCUGCCAGACCUCCUGCCCUUCGUACUGGUGGAACAGCAACAAGUAUCUGGGACCCGCCGUGCUCAUGCAGGCCUUCCGCUGGGUCAUCGAUUCCAGGGACGAGGCCACUGAGCAGCGUCUGGACUUCCUCAAGGAUCCGUGGAAGCUCUAUCGCUGCCACUCCAUCAUGAACUGCACGAACACAUGCCCCAAACAUCUCAAUCCGGCGAGAGCCAUCAUCCAGCUGAAGCAGCUCCUCGUGGGACUGAAGAAAAAGGAGAAGCCCCAGCUCCAGACCGAUGCCCUCUUCAAGGGGAAGUGACAGGAAGAGGUCACUCUCGGGAUUCGACAUAACGUCCGUGGGAGUUGUACAGGCCACACUAUCGAGAGCCGAACUGAUCUGAUCACUCAUCUAGAAACAGUGUGGGUAAACGCAUUAUAAAGCUAGUGGGAGGUAAAAACCCUGGGCGGGCAAUACAGGUAGGAAACAUUCAAACGAAUUUCAGGACCCAGAAUCAAAUUGUAACACAGGACCUUAUGGACUUUACGAUGUAGCUAUGUUUAGGGAAAAACGCGAAAUAAAACAAAAAUUCAAAAAAUUGAAUGAUUUUACUAGGAG